GCGAGGGCGCCGGCGGAGCCCCUGGUCGCUGAGCGGCCGGAGGAGGCGCGGAGAUGGGGGCGUGCGAAUGUCCUGCCCUGUUCCUUUUGCUGUCUUUGCUGCUGCUUCCUCUGGGCCUCCCAGUCCUGGGCGCCCCCCCUCGCCUCAUUUGUGACAGCCGGGUCCUGGAGAGAUACAUCCUGGAGGCCAGGGAGGCCGAAAAUGUCACGAUGGGCUGUGCUCAAGGCUGCAGCUUCAGUGAGAAUAUCACCGUCCCAGACACCAAGGUUAAUUUCUAUACCUGGAAGAGGAUGGAUGUUGGGCAGCAGGCCUUGGAAGUCUGGCAGGGCCUGGCACUGCUCUCAGAAGCCAUCCUGCGGGGUCAGGCCCUGUUGGCCAACACCUCCCAGCCAUCUGAGACUCCGCAGCUGCAUGUGGACAAAGCUGUCAGCAGCCUGCGCAGCCUCACCUCUCUGCUUCGGGCGCUGGGAGCCCAGAAGGAGGCCAUGUCCCUUCCAGAGGAAGCCUCUCCUGCUCCACUCCGAACAUUCACUGUUGAUACUUUGUGCAAACUUUUCCGAAUCUACUCCAAUUUCCUCCGGGGAAAGCUGACACUGUACACAGGGGAGGCCUGCAGAAGAGGAGACAGGUGACCAGGUGCUCCCACCCCAGGCACAUCCACCACCUCACUCACUACCACUGCCUGGGCCACGCCUCUGCACCACCACUCCUGACCCCUAUCCAGGGGUGAUCUGCUCAGCACAAGCCUGUCCCUUGGACACUCCACGGCCAGUGGUGACAUCUCAAGGGCCAGAGGAACUGUCCAGAGCUCAAAUCAGAUUUAAGGAUGUCACAGUGCCAACCUGAGGCCCGAAGCAGGAGGAAUUCGGAGGAAAUCAGCUCAAAUUUGGGGACAGAGCCUUGCUCGGGAGACUCACCUCGGUGCCCUGCUGAACAGUGAUGCCAGGACAAGCUGGAGGGCAAUUGCCGAUUUUUUGCACCUAUCAGGG